AUGGUGUUGCAUCAUUUGCCCCACGCCCGUAUCUGGUCAAUGGAGGACAUUCCCGCUGGAUCUGGUAGCGCUGGCGACCCCAUGUUUAGUGAUAUUAUCAAGGAGAAGAUGGACUGGUGCUCGACGGUCUUGGGGGUCUGUGACUGCACAUGCGAAACCAGCCACAAGAAGUGGGGCAGUCCUGUAGAGUGGAAAAUGGGCCUCGACAUGGGCAAAAAGGUCCUCGUCUUAUUCCUGGAUGGGCACAUGGAUGCGGCAAAGAGGAAUCCGGUAGUGGAAGACGUGGCCAAGCAAGUGCAGUUUUUCCCAAUCCCCGCUUGCGAAGAUGCAAGUAACAUGAAAAUAAUGCAGGGCGUCAUAUCCAGCGCAAUCAUCCCUAAUGUCCGUUGA